UUGAAGGUGUUUCAAGAAGUCAGAUUCAUAAAGUGGAUUACAAAGGAUUGCGACAAUACUUUAGAGGGAGUCUAAACUUGUUUAAGUCAAUUGUCUUUGUAAUUUUGAUACUUUAUUAAUUGAUUUCAUUCUCUGGGCGUGGCCCCGUGGACUAGGAGUGUUCGGGAGAACACUGAUACCACGUAUAAAUCUCUUGUGUCAAGUUAUUUAUUUUGCAAAUAUUUUAUAUUCUGCCUGUUCAGUUUUGCUGUAGCAGAAUUACUUUCUGCUGCUGCAAACGCGUACAGUUUUUAUAUUUUCUUAUAUACAACUGACAUUUGCAAAAACACGGUUUUUUAAUUAAGAAUUUUGUUUGGAAAAGGAGUAUGAAUUUUUGCCUUCCUAUGCGACUCUGACUCGUCGUGGCAUUAAUUGUUAGAAAUAAUUGGGGUCACAACUGUAUAUAUAAAAUGUGUGUUGGGUCAUCAAAUAAAUAAGUCAAAUUUAUGUGGUCUAUUUUGGAAUAAAGUUUAUGACUUAAGGGCAUGAUUGUCAUGAUUUUAAUAUGUGGAUACCAAUUAGAUAGUUUCUGAUUUGAUGAGGGGCCAAAUUAGAAAUUAUUAAUAAAUAUUACCAACUGUUGUAACAGUUGGUAAUAUAACAGGUAUGGGUCCCCAUUUUGCAUCGUAUCAAUAUUUUUCCAGAGUUCUUGAAUCCCCAUCAUCAAGAAAAUAAGGUUUCAAAGGUUUUGAUGCAAAAUUGGAAGAUCAUACCAAUCAAAGAUCGAUUCUAUGGACUCCGCUGUUGCUAGUGUAUCUGCUAACCUUAAUUCGGUACCGGUCCUUAAUGGUAAUAACUUUAAGGACUGGAAGGAGAACAUUUUUAUUGUUCUUGGCUGCAUGGAUCUUGACCUUGCAUUAAGGAUGGAUCGUCCUGCUUCUCUUACGGAUACCAGUACCUCCGAGCAAAGGAGGAUUUAUGAGAAGUGGGACCGUUCAAACCGCAUGAGUCUUAUGAUCAUUAAGCGCGGCAUACCUGAGGCUUUUAGGGGUGCGGUGUCCGAGGAGGUCACCGAUGCCACAACUUUCCUUGCUGAAAUUGAGAAGCGCUUUGCAAAAAGCGAUAAGGCGGAAACAAGUACUCUUUUAAAGAAACUUAUUUCCAUGAAGUUUAAGGGCAAGGAAAAUAUAAGGGAGUACAUUAUGGAAAUGUCUCACCUUGCUUCAAAGUUGAAGGCACUAAAGCUUGAGCUUUCGGAUGACUUGCUUGUGCAUUUAGUGCUUAUCUCUCUUCCUCCACAAUUCAGUCAAUUUAAGGUCAGUUACAACUGCCAAAGGGAGAAGUGGACUCUUAAUGAGCUCAUUUCAUUUUGUGUUCAAGAGGAAGAAAGAUUGAAGCAAGAAAAGACUGAAAGUGCUCAUUUGGCAAGCACCUCUAAGGAUAAGGGCAAGAGAAGAAAGAAUGAGGCUGCUAAGGAUAAAGGUCCUGCACAUAAGAAACAAACUCAAACCAACAGUGACGAUGGUUGUUUCUUUUGCAACAUGAAAGGACACAUGAAGAAGGAAUGUGCUAAGUAUAUUGCAUGGCGAGCAAAGAAAGGGUUGCCUGAGUUACCGAAAGCCAAAUGAUGCUGAAAGAAGCAUUUAUGUGGGAGAUGGCAAGUCGGUAAAUGUGGAAGCAAUAGGGCAUUUUAGGUUGUUAUUAAGUACUGG